GUGAAGCCUCACCUCCUUCCAGCCCGACCCAGACAAGGAGCUGAAGGAAGAUCUCUGAGACCCAGCUGCUGCCACCAUGAGCUCAGAAGACCGUAGGGGAAGCUCAGACAGUGAAAACUUUUUUGAGGAUAUCAUUCAGUAUUUGCAGGACACAAUGAGCAGAGAACAGCUGGAACUCCUGCUCACUGAAGAGGAAGCCUGGGAGAGUUUUGUGGCUGAGGCUGAUUUGUCCAGGGAAGAGGCAGACGCACUACACAAAUAUCUGCUGGAGCUGAAAACAGACUUGGCAGAGGAGGACCAAGACAGGCCACAACAAGACCAGCUGGACAGGAAGAGGUUUUUGGAGGAAUUUCCUCGGGUGAAACGGGAGCUGGAGGAGAGCAUAGCAAAGCUCCGUGAGCUGGCAGACAAGAUCGACAAGGUGCACAGAAACUGCACCAUCUCCAACGUGGUGGCCAACUCUGCCGGCGCUGUGUCUGGCGUCCUGACCGUCCUUGGCCUGGCUCUGGCACCCAUGACAGCAGGCAUCAGUCUGGGACUCUCGGCCACUGGGUUAGGGCUGGGAGCGGCGGCUGCUGUGACCAGUGUGUCCACCAGCAUUGUGGAACACGUAAGCAGGUCAUCAGCAGAAAUUGAAGCCAGUCGCCUUGUGCCAACAGAUAUCAGUAAAGAGGAGGCGUUUGCAGAGGUUUUAUGUAAGAGGACAACCCAGAUCGUUUCCUCUACAAAGAACUUCAUCCAAGCCUUGAAAGGCAUUGGGAAAAAUGUACGUGCCAUCAAGCUGGCCAAAGUCAACCCUCGCUUAGCAUCCCACGCUAAGCGCUUCAUGACUGUGGGGCAAGUCUCCGCCCGAACUGGCAAGCAGGUGCAGAGAGCAUUUGGAGGCACGGCUCUGGCAAUGACCAAAAGCGCCCGGAUCGUGGGUGCAGCCACGGCAGGUGUUGCCCUCCUGUUGGAUGUGGCCUUCCUGGUGAAAGAGGCAAAGCACUUGCAUGAAGGGGCAAAGACAGAGUCAGCGGAAAGGAUGAGGCAGCUGGCCGCGGAGCUGGAGAAGAAAUUGGAAGAGCUCAUCCGGACCUAUGAGAGUCUGUAGGAGGGCUGGACUUGGCCCCUACCAGGACAGUGCGGGGCCAAGAGAAGAAGGCACCUUGUUAGCGGGGAAGCAAGACAAAGAGGGGAAACUGGGCUGGUCUCCUGACUUGUUUUAGUCCAUUGUCUGGACUAUGCCAUUUUCCCAAAGGAAGAGAAAUCCUUAAACCCUCUUGUAUUCAAAACAUGUCAUUUUCUU